AUGACGAAGCUCAAAGGCACUCGGAUUGACACUCUGGUUGGCUGCAUUGCUGAGUUGAACUAUGAAGAGGAAGUUUCGUUUCUCCGACACAAGCAGAACGACUUUUCAGUCAUGUUCUCAUCUAGAAAAAAUCGGUCUCAACUUUGGCUCGGUCCUGCCGCAUUCGUCAAUCACGACUGUCAGCCGAACUGCGAGUUCACAAUUAAUUGCGAUGGUGACGCACGGAUGAGUUUGGAGGCGCGGGUGGAUAUAAAAAAGGGUGACGAAAUUUUCAUUUUCUAUGGAAAACACUUUUUUGACGCCAAUAACGCUAACUGUGAAUGUUUCACUUGUGAGCUGCUGGGCCAGGGUUAUUUUUCGCAAGCCUUUGUUGAAUGCGACAAAACUGCUGCUGUCCCGAAUGGGCACCACAAUAUAUCUACUACCACUCCAGAUUCUCGUCGUAUGUCAACUAGCGGCAAGAUCUUCUCCGAGGUGCAGCUUAUGUCC